UGUGUGUCUCUUGGCAGAGGAGUGGACAACGAAGUGCAGGACUAUCUUCACCGUAAGCGAUUCCAUGACCGAUAAUAGCAAUAAGAUGCCAACUGACGAGACUCUCGGGCGAGCACAGAUGGAUGCAGAGAAAAGAGGCAAGGAUAUCGAAUCUGAUUCUCGCAUCGCAAAGAAGAAUCAAGUUAGUAAAGAUUCACAGUCAACGUAUGCAUCGGCCGCGGUUCCUGCAGUAGCGGCAAAAUGGAUUGUUCGGAUUCUUGAACUUGAAGGACGACCGGAACUCGAGAAAAUUCUGCAGAGUGACUUUGGUUUACGAUGUUGUACCGUACGCCAGAUCAAGCAUGUAUGGAAGUGCCUGCUGCACUGCUGUUUUAGUUUUGUGGUUAGCCGCCUUGGCCUCCACGGACAACCAACAGGGAGAAAAGAUGUGUGUAUGGCCAAAUUACGGCGAUACUUUUACGAUGAUUCAGAUUGCACCGUUGUUUUCACGCUCGGAAUGAUUGCGUUGCAACACGACCUAGAGCGAGAGUCCUCUGCGGCUAAUAUUAUACUUCCCCCUUCUUUCCCCAUGCCCCAGGUCCCCCGUCAUUCAAAACGUAAAGCAAUCUUACCCGCACCCUGCACACCGAGCAGCUUACCAACAAGGUGUGCACCAUCUUCUUGUCAUCCAUUGCACAAUACGCAAAACACCACGAGCUGCAGGCCAUGGCAGCAGGGGUUUACCACAUUGUCCACUAGCGCAAAUGCGAGAAAGGAUGUGGCGGUAUAUCAGAAACGGAUAAUAGAGGAUACGUCCAGCACAUACUUGCCACAGCGCAAACGCGUCAAAUGUGAACCGAAAAGCGAGAUUGGCGCCUCCUACGAAACGCAACCUAGAAACAGUCUAGAGGCAAAUUUGAUGAUGCAGCUUUGUCAGAUUGGGUUUUCCAACAAGCAUGAGGUACUUUCGUGUAUCCGACGCAUUGCGAGCAAUAGCACGGAUGAUCCACCCAACAUUGAUUCGGUGAUGAUCACUCUCGUGACACAACGCGAAGAAGCCGACGAAGCUCGUAAAAUUGACAAAGCGAGACUCCUAUCCGAGCAAAGCAGGAAAGCGGAAGCCCGACGUUGUCGUCUAGAGAUUCAGCAACAGGAAGACGAACGUAUGCUCAACUGUAAUUUGAGCGUUCUUUCCUCAAAUCCUGCAAUGUUCCCUCAAUCUUGGAUAUUAAAGAGUAGGGCAUACAAUCAAAUUUUGCUUGCCACUCAAUCAGAUCAGAAAACAAAAGGUGUUCUUCUGGAACUUUUGAAACUAGAAAAGCGAGCUCGAACUUGGUACAAUUACACCCUACCAAAAGCAUACUUUGGCAUUGUUGUUCCUCAACGUUUACUGCAAGCGUCUUCCCUGACCAACCAGCUACGCACGGAAGUUGCAACGCUGAAAGCAGCAAUGUUCAAAUUGUCCGAGCAGACAAAGGGUGGUGUACCGAGAAUAUUGUUGGAGGCUCAUGAAAACUAUCAAUAUGAAAUGAAAUCCGUAGGCAAUGAAGCCCUGGACGAGAUUGAAGUUCUCGGCAAAAAGUUGCCUUCUAUGCCCAGUCAGGGUGGAUCAUCCGGCACUGAUUAUUCAAAUCAUGAAGUAAUCGAAAUUCUAAAUCUGAACACUAACAUCACCAAUGACGGAAUUAAAGACAAAGACGGAACAGCAGAAGGCACCAACAACGGAAUCGAGGACAAAGAUGGAACAGCAGAAGGCUCUGACGACGGAAUUGACGACAAAGACGGAACAGUAGAAGGCACCAACAAUGGAAUCAAGGACAAAGACGAAACAGCAGAAGGCACCAAUGGACCGGAUGACAAGGUCAAAUCCAUCAGCUAUUCUUUUCUUAAUGUGCGCUAUCCCGUACUAGUAAUAGUCAAGAAGCCAUGGAUGACUCUUGCAUGGUGUUUGCACAAUCCCCAGGAACCUGGAAAGCAUCCUGAACAAAAGCAAAUGCUGUGA